CCCCCAAACGCAGCUUUCGUCACUUAUCGCAACCGACGUUCGCCGGAUCGCGCCGUGUGUAAAUAAGCUGGCCAAUAAAACGGCACGACGAUAGAGAGCCACACCGUGGUCUCCGUGCGAGCCAUUGGCUGAGUGAAAAUCAUCAUCAUCAUCAUCACCAGCAGCAGCAGCAGCUACAGCAUCUUCGGCCAACUACACGACGGUCCGUAUCGACGUAUCGACUGAUAACCAACAUCCCCGGGGUCAAUCGGUGCGCUCGGCAGCGCUCUAAUCGCGCCCGUUCAUCAGUACCAUCGCCAUCGGGGUGGAACGUACCCAGCCGCCGGAAGAGUCGGCCAGUGAGCGUGCCGGUUUCAUUCCGUUCGGUCUUCCGUUUCGAUCGCGUUUUUUGCUCUGCUCCGUGUGCUAACCGGUGACCAGGAUGGUGUUAUGUCAUAUUCGUGCGACGGUGCGGUUAGGCAAAUUGGUGGCGCAGGUCGGUCCGCAAUGUUCCGCACUGCGUUCCCGAAUGUUCAGCAUUAGCAGUGUGGCCCUUAAAGAGCGGCUCUUCACGGACAAACAUGAAUGGGUGUCGGUGGACGGUGAGGUGGGCACGGUCGGCAUUUCGAACUUUGCACAGGAGGCACUCGGCGAUGUGGUGUUUGCACAGCUGCCCGAUCCCGGAACCAAAUUAUCGCAGAAGGAUGAAUGCGGUGCGCUCGAAAGUGUGAAGGCAGCGAGCGAAAUUUACUCACCCGUGUCCGGUGAGGUGACAGAGAAGAAUGGAACCGUGGAGGAGACGCCCGGUCUGGUGAACUCGUCCUGUUACGAGAAUGGUUGGCUCUUCAAGCUGAAGCUCACAAAGCCGGACGAGCUGUCGAAGCUGAUGAGCGAAGAGCAGUAUGCGGAAUUUUUGAAAACUGCUGCCCACUAGGCGCGACCGCGGUCCUUUAAGGCGCAUGCAGCGAACGAAAGUGUGCCCGUUUAUUGUUUUACCUACCGUUUAAGUUCUACUGUAAAUGCCAAUGAAUAGUGAGUGUUUGAUUUUGCCAAUAAAGAAAACAUUCUGUGUGUGAGUAAUGAAA